AUGGAUUUGGAAGGAACUGAUGGAAGAGAACGCGGAGAGGAUGAUACAGCAUUUGAGAAACAGAGUGCUCUUUUUGCCCUUGCUGUCUCAGAUAUAGUGUUGAUCAACAUGUGGUGUCACGAUAUUGGUCGUGAGCAAGCUGCAAAUAAGCCUCUUUUGAAGACUGUAUUUCAGGUCAUGAUGCGAUUAUUCAGUCCACGCAAAACAACUUUGAUGUUUGUCAUACGUGACAAAACAAGGACACCACUGGAGAAUUUAGAACCUGUCCUAAGAGAAGACAUUCAGAAGAUAUGGGAUUCUGUUCCCAAGCCAGAAGCUCACAAGGAAACUCCAUUGAGUGAAUUUUUCAAUGUUGAAGUUGUUGCUCUUUCUAGUUAUGAAGAAAAGGAAGAUCAAUUCAGGGAGCAGGUUGCUAGUUUGAGGCAGCGAUUCUUUCAUUCUGUUGCACCUGGUGGGCUGGCGGGAGAUCGGCGGGGUGUAGUUCCUGCUUCAGGUUUCUCUUUCAGUGCACAGGAAAUCUGGAAAGUUAUCAAGGAGAAUAAGGACCUUGACCUUCCUGCCCACAAGGUCAUGGUUGCUACUGUACGGUGUGAAGAAAUUGCCAAUGAAAAAUAUGGUAGUUUUGCAUCAAAUGAGGAAUGGUGUCAAAUGGAAGAGGCUGUACAAUCUGGUCCAGUCUCUGGCUUUGGAAAGAAGCUUAGUGCAAUCCUAAAUAUUAGUUUGUCUGAGUAUGAUGCAGAAGCUAUUUAUUUUGACGAAGGAGUAAGAUCUGCAAAGCGAAAGCAGCUUGAGGAAAAAUUGCUACAACUCGUUCAACCAGCACAUCAAUCCAUGUUGGGUCAUAUAAGGUCUGGAACUCUUGAAAAAUUCAAGGAAGCAUUUGAUAAAGCUUUGAAUGCAGGGGAAGGGUUUUCUGUGGCUGCUGGAACUUGCACUCAGUUUUACAUAGCUCAAUUUGAUGAAGGGCAUGCUGUUAUUGAACAAGCAAACUGGGACACAUCUAAAGCGAGGGAUAAGCUUCGUCGUGAUAUAGAUGCGCAUGUUGCUUCUGUCCGUGCGGCCAAACUCUCUGAACUUACUUCAUCAUAUGAGAUUCUAGGGAAGAGUGGAAAUCUUAAAACUAAUAUGGAGAAAUGCUCAUGGAAUUUGGUUGUGUUUGCUGUGUGGUCUUUGGAGGCAAAACUAAAUGAGGCGUUAUCAGGGCCUGUGGAAGCACUUUUAGAUGGAGCUACUAGUGAGACAUGGUCAGCCAUAAAGAAACUUUUGCAGCGGGAGACAGAAUCAGCUGUUGUUGGGAUCUCUAAUGCACUCUCUGGUUUUGACAUGGACGAACAAUCUAAAGACAAAUUACUUACAAGUUUGGAGAAUUAUGCAAAAGGUGUAGUUGAGGCAAAAGCAAGGGAAGAAGCUGGAAGGGUCCUGAUCCGUAUGAAAGACAGGUAA